AUGAAUUUUCAUUCAAAAUUUUGUACAAUCUUGAUCAUUUUCUUCGGUACCCUAAUUUCUCAUGCAUUUUCUCUUUCGAUCAGUUUAAACGAUGUCGAAUGUAUAUCCGAACAUGUUCCACAUGACAAUGACCUUGUUUCUGGAAACUUUGUUGUAAUGGAUCAUGAUAUUUUUUGGAGCUCAGAUCAUCCUGGAAUCGAUUUCACUGUGACAUCUCCCGCAGGAAAUGUGGUACAUUCUUUGAAGGGGACAUCGGGAAAUAAAUUCGAGUUCAAAGCGGCGCAAAGUGGAAUGUACAAGUUUUGCUUUAAUAAUCCGGUUUCUACGCCAGAAACUGUGUCAUUUUAUGUUCAUGUUGGCCACAUUCCAAAUGAGCAUGACUUAGCUAAAGAUGAGCAUUUGGAUCCAAUAAAUGUGAAGAUUGCUGAGUUAAGAGAAGCAUUAGAAUCUAUUGUAACAGAACAAAAGUACUUGAAAGCACGUGAUGCUAGACAUCGACAUACAAAUGAGAGCACCAGAAAACGUGUUGUAUUUUACACACUCUUGGAGUAUAUUUUAUUUGUGACUACAAGUGUAUUGCAAGUUGUAUACAUUCGUCGUCUCUUCAGCAAAUCAUUUGCUUAUAAUCGGGUGUAG